ACAGCUUGUCACCUUCACCUAGUCAUAAUUCUAGUAUCACAUUCACCUAGUCAUGUUUUGAGUAGCUCAGCACCUUCACCUGGUCAUGAUUUGAGUAGCUCAGCAUCUGCACCUAGUCAUGAUUUGAGUAGCUCAGCACCUUCACCUAGUCAUGAUUUGCGUAGUUCAUCACCUUCACCUAGUCAUGAUCUUAGUAAUCCAUCACAUUCACCUAGCCAUAAUUUGAGUAGCUCAGAACCUUCACCUAGUCAUGAUUUGAGUAGCUCAUCACCUUCAUCUGGUCAUGAUUUGAGUAGCCCAUCACCUUCAUACAAUCACAACUCGAAUAGCCCAUCACCUUCAUAUAAUCACGACUCAAAUAGCCCAUCACCUUCACCUAGUCAUGAUCUUAGCAAUCCAUCACAUUCACCUAGUCAUAAUUUGAGUAGCCCAUCACCUUCAUAUAGUCAGGACUCAAGUAGUCCAUCACCUUCACACCGCCAGGACCGAAGCAGCCCAUCACCUUCAUAUAGUCACGACUCAAGUAACCCAUCACCUUCACUCAGUCUCUAUUCAAGUAGCCCAUCACCUUCACACCUUCAUGGCUGAAGCAGCCCAUCACCUUCUCCUAGCCAUGACUCCAAUAGUCCUUCAUCUUUAUACAGCCAUGAAUUGCGUAGCCCAUCACCUUCACAUAGCCAUGGCUCCAGUAGUCCAUUACCUUUAUACAGUCACGCCUCAAGUAGCCCAUCACCUUAUACAGUCAUGACUCGAGUAGCUCGUAUUACCAAUUUUUUUGCGGUUUGAAUAGAAAAUCAAUCAGUUUUAUACACUACAUGUAUUCAAUCCCUAGGCAGUGCCUAAUGAUUCUAGUAUUGAUGAUGGUAUCAUAAUCCAGUACCACUAGCACAGAAUGAGAAAAGUUGGAGUUGUCCAUCCUUCAUGCUAUGCUCUCUCUUCCAUAUCCUUCAUCAAAUACACUUUCAACUUGUAAUCAUUUUAACACAAAUUUUAAAUUGAACAUUGUUCAUGGCACACGCUAUAGGUACAAUGCAAUUGAGAGACUGGACGACUUGGAUGCCAACAUGACUGGUCCUUGAGUAACCGCGUGGGGCAACCCUGUACUCUGACUGACACACCACCUAAUUAUGCAUGAUGGUUCUUUUGGUCACUGAGUAUCUCAGUCGCUCAGAGGUGAAUACCUUGUUUGAUUGACACCCCCUAAUUAAUCAUGGCAGGGUCUCUCGGUCACCGAGUAUCCCUGUGUGAGUAAGGCCUAAUUGUUACAGUUUACUUAUCAAACUUGAGUUUUUAAUUUUUAUUAUUUAAUUUGCACAUUCAGUUCUUUUGAUGUAUUUUUUUAUUGGCCUUUUGAUGACACAUUAUUCAAGUAUUGGGGAGAAGGCUAACUUUUUUAAUCAACCAAGACUUUUGGCCUCGUUGGACUAGUACAACAUCUUAUUUGUAUUUUUUAAAAUAUUU